CCCCAAAACAUCUCUCUCCUCCUCCUCCUCUGCUCUCUUCAUUCCAUUUCUCCUCCUCCUCCUUCAAUUAGAUCUGAGGGGAAAAAAUAAUCGAAAUUUCGAGAAAAUUUAUUAGGAAAGAUGGGGCUUUCGAGCUUGCCGACGCCAUCGGAGGGCGUGCUGACGGUGCUGGUAGUCAACACGGUGAUGUCGAUCGCCAUCAUGAAGCAGAUCCUCAACUCGGUCCUCAAAUUCCUCGGGAUUCGAGCCUUGUCGCCGGUUGAACCCGGAUCUGAGCCGGCGGCGGCUGAGGAUUGCUGUGAGCCGACGCUCACCGAGCAGUUCAGGUCCCGGUUCAAGCCGGCCAGGUUCGGCCGGAGGAGACACGUGGCGGUGGACUGCAGGGUUUGCCUCGCCCGCUUCGAGGCGGAGUCGGUGGUCAACCGGUUGCUGUGUGGGCACGUGUUCCACAAGGGCUGCGUCGAG